AGGAGAUGACCAGAGACUGCGGACACGGUACAGGAGAUGACCAGAGACUGCGGACACGGUACAGGGAUGACCAGAGACUGCGGACACGGUACAGGAGAUGACCAGAGACUGCGGACACAGUACAGGGAUGACCAGAGACUGCGGACACAGUACAGGGAUGACCAGAGACUGCGGACACAGUACAGGGAUGACCAGAGACUGCAGACAUAGUACAGGGGAUGACCAGAGACUGCAGACACAGUACAGGGAUGACCAGAGACUGCAGACACAGUACAGGAGAUGACCAGAGACUGCAGACACAGUACAGGAGAUGACCAGAGACUGCAGACACAGUACAGGAGAUGACCAGAGACUGCGGACACAGUACAGGAGAUGACCAGAGACUGCAGACAUAGUACAGGAGAUGACCAGAGACUGCGGACACAGUACAGGAGAUGACCAGAGACUGCAGACACAGUACAGG